CUCUUCAACUGGAAAAACAUGUCUGUUUCGCGUACAUUAGCUCUCCCUUCUCUUGCGCUCUCUUUCUCUUGGACUUGCUAUUGUGUCAUUUCUUUACUUCAAAUUGUCAACUAUAAGAAGCCAUAGCUGUAGCUUCUUCGCUGCAAGCUACCAUCCCAAUCUUUCUCACUCUAGGUUAGACAAAAUAGAAAUAUGCAGAACAUUCACAGGCUUAUAUCACGUUUCUCUUCAGCGUCAGUAAGCAACAGUACAGGUACUGCGAGAUUUGUGAAAGAGAAAACAACAUCUGGUUUGGGAAAUGAUACAAGGGUAUCAAUCAAUGGGAUAAGAGCAUGUCAAGUUAUUGCUAACCGUCUGUUUUCAGCUAAAUCCGGCGGCAGUGGUGAUGGAAAAGAAGGGAAAGAUGAUUGGGAGAAUGCUUUUGGCGAGACUGGUAAUGACGAUUUAGGUUGGGAUUCUGUUUCAUCUUGGUCAACUGGAUUGACUAAGGACCAUUUUGAUGGAGAGUUUGUGGGGCAGAAAGCAGAUUCUAGAUCCAAUGUUGGUGGGUUAAACGCUUCUGAGACUGCAUUGGUGUAUAGUUUACAAGAGAUCGAUGAUAAGAUAAGAGAAUUGGAGGCAGAGAACAAAAAGAGCAAGGCUUUUGUGGACGGAUGGGGUAAGAGGAUGCGUGAGAUGAGUGUAUUGUUGAAGCAAGUCAAGGAGCCUGGUGCAAGGGGAUCUUACUUGAAGGAUUCAGAGAAGGCAGAGAUGUACCGUUUGCAUAAGGAGAACCCUGAAGUGUACACAGUUGAGAGGCUGGCCAAAGAUUAUCGGAUUAUGAGGCAGCGGGUACAUGCCAUUCUUUGGUUGAAGGAACUCGAGGAGGAAGAGGAGAAAAAACGGGGUCAUCCUUUAGAUGACUCUGUAGAGCUCUUACUUGAUACUUGCCCAGAAUUUUUUAAUUCUCAUGACCGAGAAUUUCAUGUAGCAUCCCUUCCUUAUAAGCCUGAUUUCAAGGUGAUGCCAGAGGGUUGGGAUGGUACAAUCAAAGACCUAGAUGAAGUCCACUAUGAGAUAUCCAUGAAAGAGGAUGAAAUGCUGCAUGAAGAAUUUGUCCAAAAGAUGAACUUCAACAAAAUGAAAAUGGCAGGGCAGGUGAAAUGCCACAAGUAUAGUAGACGACGUCCGUCUGAGGGUUGGAACUUCACAGUGGAAAAAAUGGGAGCACGAGGGAAGCGCGGAGGUGGUGGUGGUUGGAAGUUUGUAAGCUUGCCCGAUGGAUCCACCCGACCUCUGAAUGAGAUGGAGAAAAUGUAUGUGAGGCGAGAGACUCCCCGGCGCAGACGUAAAAUUCUCCCUUGAUGAUGAAAUUUGCAAUUGUUAGAUGUUGAACUGCUUUUCUCAGUCACCGAGAAAGAAACAAAAAAUUUAAUGAAAUAGAAGAUCUAAGAAUCGAUAAUUUUGUUGUCGUUUAAUUGCAUGGAAUCUCUUAAUCUUCACCAUCAUUUUUCAA